GCAUUCAGCUGAUUUUUCGUGCGCUCUCGUGUUUUUCUGUUUAUCGGUCCUGAUUUUAAAAAGAUUUGUUUAUUAGUCGGAAAUAACAAUUAAGUAGGUAGGAAGUCAAAAAAAUGAGUGAAUCCAAGCAACAAUCGAGUGAAAUGGAAGUGGAUGAAAACAAUGGUCCUUCGACGGAUGCUCCGAUGGAACUUGCACCAGUUGCUGCUGAGAAAGCUGCAACAUCCUCGGCAAAUACUAAUUCUGCAUGUCGAGUUAUGGCAUCUUCGGGGACAGUUGGAUCCGUGUCUAUUAGCCUCCAUCCUCUAGUUAUAAUGAACGUUAGCGAACACUGGACUAGGUUAAGAGCACAGGAAGGUUCCGACCAACUCGUCUAUGGAGCUAUAAUUGGAAAGCAGAAAGGACGCAACAUUGAGAUCAUGAAUUCAUUUGAAUUGCUCUUUACUUGUAUAGGCGACGACGUUAUAAUUGAUAGAGAUUAUUACAAUACAAAAGAGGAACAGUUCAAACAAGUUUUCAGUGAAAUGGACUUUCUUGGUUGGUACACAACGGGUGACAUGCCAAAUGAUAGAGAUAUUAGAGUGCACAAACAAAUCUGCGAGAUCAACGAAAGUCCAGUUGUAUUAAAAUUAGAUCCCAGACCCAAAAAUGCCGAUCAACUUCCAGUUUCAUUGUACGAGUCAGUGAUUGACUUGGUCAACGGAGAAGCCACCAUGUUAUUUGUUCCAUUAACUUACACUUUGGCGACAGAAGAAGCAGAAAGGAUAGGUGUCGAUCAUGUUGCGAGAAUGUGUAGUAACGACCAGGCCGAGAGUUCUUUAGGUAAAAUAGACAUAAAAAUUAACAAGCUUUAUCUCCAUGAUUGA